AUGUCACUUCGAGACAAAGCUUUCGAAAUUGAGGAAUCGCGGUCCACGCCGAUGUAUGGGGAUAUAAAGAACAUCCAAUAUUGGAUCACGGCGGUCAAUUUGGACGGAAAGCCUGAUAUAUAUCCCAAAGUGCCCUCAUCGCCUGAUGGCUUCUUUGCGCAUCCAUUCAAUUCCUCCGGUCAUCGUGGUCCUUAUGACACGCAGGAUGAUGAGUACGAAUCCUGUGAUGGCCUUGAUGGCCUCAUGACUUUUGACAUAAGUCCCUGGCUAGCCCACCAUAUGAAAUCUCCUUCGGACAGUAGUGAUGACACUGCUGCCAGCUCUGCUGUCCCUGACAGCGAAGCAGCGGCGCAAUACAUCGACAUUGCUUGGGACAGUCCUUGGUACCGCUUACCUGGGUCUACCAGUCCAGUUUCUUCGCCUCUCCACGAUUCCUACUCUUGCGCAUGUUCGCCAGACGUUCGGCAAGCCAUGGCGCAACAAGAGCUGUUACUUGACGUUUUCCACGAAGAGUUGCGUCGGAUUAUUCCGAGUGCUCACGAUUAUAACUCUGCUUGGUUAGAAGAUGUUGACCCAGACCUGGUCCUUUCACCAGUCCAGAGCUACGAGGAGCUGUGUUGGCGAUCGGUGGUCCCUGAUACCCACAUUCACAGGCCUAGACCCGAUGUGCCUAUAGGGCUUGGGGAUUAA